AUGCCUCCCCAUUCCGAUCUGGUACAGGAGUCUAGGCUUGAGACUUCAUUCUCUCUAAACUCCACACGACACAUAUUCUACGAACGAGGCACUUCGGGCCGCGACAGGAGGGUACGGUUGAAAGAACGAUGGAAGCGGCAGAAGAGACUGGGACAAGGCGCUUACGGGACAGUUUGGCUGGAAAAAUGCGACCGACCUGCGCGGCCGAACGGUCCGACGGUCAGGGCGGUCAAGGAGAUCCCGUUCGAUUCCACGACGGCUGACGAUAUCGACUACCACCUGGAGCUAGAGGCCGUCAUGAAGUUCUCUCAGCAACGCGUAAUGGCUACCCAUCUUACCUCUCUUCCCGCAGGAGACAAAUCGAGACAAAUUUAUACUGACUUUGGGUGGCAGUACCUCCCGUCCUUCGUCCAGUCCUUUGGCUGGUUUGAUACUCCGGAAGCAAUAUUCAUCACCAUGGAAUACGUCCCCAACGGAGACCUGCAGAAGUACCUGGCAAACCCUAUACCCGAGGACGAGGCGAAGGUCAUUGCCUGUCAACUUGCGGAAGGACUUCGUCACAUGCACCACAACGGCUUCACGCACAGAGAUCUCAAGCCAGGGGUAUGCUCUCACCCGGCUCCUAUUUGGGGUCUAUUCUAA